CAGCAUCAUCGCCGUCAUUUACAGCUUUAUCGACCCAUAGCCCAUAGGCCAUAGCCAAUUAGCCAUAUGGCAACCAAAUCGACUCAAAGAACGGGACCUUCAUUCUUCAACUUCCUAAAGGAAGGCCUCCUGCUCCCGACCCGCAACCGGAGGCUCUUCUUGGCGGUCUACGCCAUCAUCAUCGCCUCCACCGCGCUGCUCCUCCUCGGCGGCGACCUCGCCGUCCAGCCCCUCGCCGACGAGAUCCAGCUCGACGCCAAGGCGCUGAACAGCACCGACCCCGGCAGCCCGGACUUUGCCAAGCUCGUGCAGGAGAUCCAGGAUGACACCAAGGCGCUCCUGCUCGUGGGCGCGGGGUACCUCCUGCUCGCUGUCGUCGUCAGCUCGGCCGUCCGGAUCGUCCUCCUCUUCGCCGCCGUCUCGACGUACUCCGGCGAGGAGCAGCACGCUACCUUGGGCUUGGGUGCGCUCCUGGGGAAAGCCAAGGGCCCUCUGAUCACGCUCGCCUUCGUCUACGUCCUGGAGAUCGUCUGCACCGUGCUUCUGGCGUUCGUGGGCGCGCUUCUCGGCGUCCUCAUGGUCAUGCUGAAGCAGUACUUCGCGGUGCUCCUCCUGGCGUCAAUUCUAAUCCUCGCUGCGGCCACCGUCUUCCUCGUGUACUUCUCUUUCCUGUGCUCUUUCAGCAUCGUCGUGGCGGUGGCCGAGCCCGGCUGCCACGGCGCGGCGGCGCUAGGCAAGGCGUGGAGGCUGGCCAAGGGGAAGAGGAGGCAGGUCGUGCUGUACGUCGCCGUUACCGGUGCCCUGGCCGCCGUCUUAUCGCCGGUGCACACGCUCGCAAGGACAUGCGCGGGUGAUCAUAGCGUCGCGCUUGGGCUGCUCCUGGGUUUUGUGUACGCGGCUCUGAUGGCACUCGUGCAGUUGUUCGCCGUCUGCACCAUGACCGCGUUCUACUACGAGCGCAAAGAGAACAGCGAGAACCAGUUGGGGGCUACUGGAUACGCCAAGUUGUCCACGGAAGAAGCAACCGCUUGAUCAUUCUACUUGUCAUCCCGAUUGGUUGCCAUGUAAUUUCCACUUGUCGGGCAAGCCAGAUUGUUCUGCUAUAGUAUAUGUUUUUCUUUCGGAAUGCACCUAUACUACUAUC